CAAAAAAAGUACUGAACCUAAAGUACAGCUGACUCAACAAUGAUUAAGGCACUGAGGCUGUAGUGUGAACUGCAUGACUCAUGGUUGACCAAAGAGAGAGUCAAGCCAAGAAUGAACUAUGGCCUAAUUCAAAUGAAACGUGGAGGCUUCCAUGUUUAACACUAGACCCUUGGGGACUGAUGGGCGAUUACCUUGAGUUUUCCAUUCUCUGUGCUGUCAUCACUGCUGUUCAUCUAUUGGUCAGGGAGGGAGAAGUGCCAUCCAGUGGCCUUAUUAAAGAGGUUGUGGAUUGUAAACCGGCCACAGCUCUACAGCGUCUCCUUUCCUGGUGAUGGAAGCCCAGACAGAAGCUGAGCUGUGCUUCCCGCUGCUCGUCAACUCCUCCUGCAGGAAGCCGAUGAAUCACCCCGAGACGUUCUUCAUCUACGUCCUGUUCUCCUGCAUCUCUGUGGUGACUGUGGCUCUCAACCUGCUGGUCAUCGUCUCCAUCUCCCACUUCAGGCAGCUCCACACUCCCACCAACCGCCUCCUCCUCUCUCAGGCCGUCUCCGACUUCCUGGUGGGUUUCCUGCUGAUGCCGGUUCGAAUUCGCCUCAUGGGAAACUGCUGGCUGUGGGGGAGCUUCAUGUGUGCCUUAUUUCGAUACACCUCCUUCAUCAUCACAUCUUCAUCUGUGGGGAACGUGGUGCUGAUAUCAGUGGACCGCUUUGUCGCCAUCAGCGACCCUUUGACCUACCAUGCCAAAGUCACACAGAGCAGAGUCCAGGCCUGUGUGUGUCUGUGUUGGGCCACAUGUGUCCUUUACAACGGCGCCAUCCUGAGCGACUUCCUGACUCAUCCACAGUUGUACUAUUCCUGUUACGGACAGUGUGGUAACGUCCUGACGUACGUAUCAGGAGUUGUCGAUGUCAUAAUCACAUUCAUUUGCCCCAUCACUUUGAUCAUAGCUCUGUAUGUGAGGGUGUUUGUCGUGGCCGUGACUCAGGCUCGAGCUGUGAGGUCUCACGUUGCAUCUGUCACGCUCCAGGCCUCGGCCGGCGUCGCUGACAUGAAGUCAGAGAGGAAAGCAGCCAAGACGCUCGGUGUGGUUGUGCUUGUGUUCUUAAUGUGCUUCUGUCCAUAUUUCUAUCCAUCUCUCGUGACCCAGCACACAUCCACCACAUUUUCAGCCUUCGGCCUCUGGCUGCUUUACUGUAACUCCUGUUUCAAUCCCCUGAUUUACGCUUAUUUCUACCCCUGGUUCAGAAAAUCAAUCAGACUCAUUGUUACGAUGCAGAUACUCCGCCGUGACUCCUGCGAUGCCAAUGUGCUGCAUUAAAGCCUGUGCUGUGGGAAACAGGAAGACAGAGGAUAGUGAUUUUGUUUGCCAACUAAUAGCUGAACCUUGAACAUUGUAAUCCUCACCUACAGUAUUUAU